AUGGCAUGUCAUCGCAAAAUAUAUUCGCAGGAAGAGAAAUGGUCCGAUCUACCGUUACGUGGGGUCGCAUGUUGUGCUUAUCAUCAUCUCCGAAAAGGAGAAGUAGAUCUGGAACCAGGAGAACAGGUUGACAUACUCGAGGUAUUUGGGGGAUUCUCCCACGUUUUAAAGAAAAAUGGACAAGCUGGAUCGGUGCCAAGUUAUUUCUUGGAGCUGGUUGACAUACCAGGAGACACGCUGGCCGAACAGAUCGAAUAUCGUCGAAUGUGGCAUGCAAUUGUGGAUGAGGUUAUACCGACGGAUAGUCCUGUUACUCCGUUAUCUUCUGGAGAAGAAAUUCGUGCCGUUGUACCAAUAAUACCCGAUGGUCGACCUGUUUUUGUGAUCCCUUUAGCAGACGUAAAUGUCUGUGAAGGUGAUCGUGUCGUCCUUCGCCCUGAGAUCAGUUCAACAACGCCGUUUACUGUCACCUGGCGAGGUCCAGCAGUCGAAGCUGGACGGGCAGAAGUAAAGAGUGAUGGUGAAUCUACUAGUCUGAUUAUCAAGAAGAUUACUGCAUUGGAUUAUGGACCAUACUCCGUUGUGGCCAAGAACGAUUACGGUAUUGCUUCGUCAGUGUCAGUGGUCAAGGUGAUCACUCAUCCAGAUCCUCCGGUAUCCCUUGUUUGUGAACGUAUAGGACGAAAUGCAUUGCUUUUGACCUGGAAUCCGGGUUUCAGGAAAGGACUAUACUAUGGCGUAGAAUUCCAAAGUGAAGACAUGGGACAGUACCGGUGCGUUGCGUCUGCAUUGCGAACGACGACAAUCUCCUUACGUCAUUUCCGACCAGUUCGCUACCGUAUCAGGGUAUUUUCGUAUAAUUUCGGUCUACGUAGUCGACCAAGUAAGGAGGUGGAAAUCGAUUUCAGCAAGCGAAUUAGCCUUCUUGAGAAUGCCGCUGAGUUGUCGAAAUCGGUUGAGUUGGACGAAGUUUGUGGUCGAGGACGAUUUUGUACUGCUCACGACGGUACGCUUCUAAAAACUCAGCGAAACGUGUUGGUGAAAAUGCUUUUAGCGGAGGUGUCGAAGACUGAUGUCGAACGAGAGGUCGCUGUCCUGUCUGUAAUACACCAUUCGAGUAUGCCUCGACUGAAGGGUGUCUUCACUUCCGAUGGGCGGUACUGUAUUGCCAUGAAGAAAAUGCCUGGAGUGGGUAUCUCCGCCUACGUGGACGAGUUUGUCCAUAUGCAUGAUGAAAGUGGUGAACUUGAACGACUACUGCGGCAUCUUUCAAGCGAUAUUCUAGGAGCUCUUAGCUACCUUCAUGCCAGAGACAUUGUUCAUCUUGAUGUGAAGCCUUCAAAUCUUCUCGUCUCUGAUCACGUCUACCUGAUCGACUUCGGAUGUGCUCGAUUUGUCGACGACGAAGAAGCGUUGGCGUGGACUGACUCUGAUAAAAGCUAUUCCGCCCCUGAACGUAUCGCUGGGAAGCCGCCUUCUACCGCAUCAGAUAUUUGGUCUUUCGGUGCUGUUCUGUUUGAGUUAUGCUUUGGUGUUGCUCCACAUCAUAUGCUGCCUACACUGACUACAAAUCCUGAACAGAGAUCACCAGCAUUAUUAUCGUUUCUCAACGAGAAGAAUCCGUAUCUCCUUCCUACACUAGGCAACGUAACAUUCGUUCUAGAAAUGACGAGACCACUCGGGAACAAACCGGGAGAACCGCCGUUCCAAUUGAAGGUUGAACCCGAUACGAAAUUACUGUUCAAGUACAAAUUGAAUGAGCCUUGCACUAUCGAAAUGAAAAUCACGAAUACCACAAAAGAUCGACAAACGUUUAAGGUCAAAUGCACGGACAAUGAUAUCUUUCGAGUUCGACCACCGCUCUCGUUCGUUAAAGCUGAUGAAACAGCCGUAGUGAAGAUUGUUUUGACGGCAAAAACACCACCGGAAAACAAUCGGCAUUUCUUCGCCGUGUAUCACAUGAAAUGUCUCGAUGACACUGGAAAAACAGCUCGGCAAGUGUGGACUCCGGAUUCGAAAGCAGAAGGUGUAGCACGCAUCAUCGCAGUCUUCGAGCCAGUUGAUGCAGAAAAGAAGGAAGAGAAAGAAGGUGAAAAGAAAGAAGAAGAGAAGAAAGAGGAGAAGAAAGAAGAGAAGAAAGAGGAAAAGAAAGAGGAAAAGAAAGAAGAAAAGAAAGAAGAGAACAAGGAGGAAAAGAAGGAGGAAAAGAAAGAAGAAAAGAAAGAGGAAAAGAAGGAUUAA